AUGCAAACACCACAAGAAGCUAAAGAGUUGACCCUCCUCAAACGCGAAUCAAAGUCAUUUGAAGCUAUUCAACAAGGCGCAGUCCUUUCUCUUCUGAUAAUGAAUGGCGUCGAAAUUGAAAUAGCAUGUCCUUCCCGUUUUGCAUCAAAGGCAAUGCAACUGUUUGUAGUGAACGAUGUCAUCACUAACAAUACACGACUUGGCUUUGGAAAUAUGGUAGAAGCUCAAUGCACUGCUCAGUUCGCGAACGACUCCCAAGAGAUGAAGAGCGGCACCGACAAGAAAAAGCUUUUGAAGAACAUCAAAAGGAGAAAAGAAUUGAACAGAGCCGCUUUGUCAUUCAAUAGCCUUUUAGCACUCGCAGAGAAUUUUGGAUACGUCUUUGAACUGAAACAAGUGAAGAGCGCAAAGAAAACGUUGCAGAUGUCUAAAGUCAGAAGUGUGAGAAUUGGCAACUCAGUUAUCCUCGACGAGAGCAAUUUAUAUAGUGUGGGUGUUGCGAUGAAUAAAUACGUCGCUUCACUCUGUGGAAAAGGAACUUCAGUGGUCGGAUUGAAACCAUAUGAUCCAGUAGUCUUAAGCUUCUUAGGACAAAAUAAUUCGACAAUUGAAGACUACAGCUCAACAGGAUAUUACGUCAAUAGCUACCCACAAUCAGUCUGUGGAUCACAAUCUCCAGUGUAUUGUGUUGAUAAUAAUAAUACUACAGUAUGUUGCGAACCGUAUCAUUUGACACUUAUUUUGUAA